UUGGAGUCAGAUGGAUUGUACUUCAUUCCUUUGCUCAGCACGUUCUCUUCGGCUGUCGUCAGUAUUCGUGAUGAUAAGUUUAUAACUUUCUUCGAGGAUGAAGAGUCAUUGUAACCUUUUCUAGAAAUGGCCAUCCAUUUUUUGUCCAAAACAUUCUUCUUUUUAAGACGCUCUAGUUCCGAGACAUGUGUGAUGGUUUCCUGUAGGGUUUCAAAUACCUGGGGAGGAAGUCGGUCAAUGCAAAAUUGCCUGUGUUGUUCUUUCUGUUCUGUGAAUUUACGAAGUCGGUGGUGCGCGUCAGUUAUGAUGCCACAUACAAAUUUCUCAAGGACAAAUGGAAGCGAGCGCAGCCAAUGCCGAAGGGAUGACGAAAUCGUUGACGCGCAUUGGCGCAGACUUCGGCCAACCAUAGAAUCACUUGUUUGACACGGUUAAAUAGUUAACUGUUUUUGUACAUUGCCCAAAAGUCUGACGACGAGCUGGGGAACCAGACUCGAAAAUUUACUCAUUAAAGUUUGUUCCCUUCCCAAAGAAUCUUACUUAUUUUCAAAUAUAUAUAUAUAUAUAUAUAUAUAUUGGAACCUCACUAGGUUACCAGCAUGUUUGAAGCCCUCUAUAGUUUUUUUCCAGUGGAAUUAUGUUUGUAUUCGUUACCGAUAGUCUGAAUCAUGCUCAGAGAACCUUCGAAUUGCUUUGAUAUCAUGUCUCCUUGUUUUUUCUCUGCAAGCCUCAUUGGGAGAAAGAUCUAGCUUAUUAUUUAGUGUAGUGGUUUCUUCACAGUUUGAAUCUUGUCUAUCUAUGGUCAGUUGUAAGAUACAACCGGCUUAUGCUUGUAGCUUCUAUUAUGCAUUUUUAAUGUUUAAUAGAUAAAGGCGCAGUGGAAAUUUGCAGAAGGGGUGGUAGAUAAGACCGCUUAGGAUUUUAGAUUGACCAGAAAAUCUUGUUAGCUGAGAAGUCUAAUUACUUGUCCCAAGCUCUUUCAGAGAUUCCCUUUCUGUGAAAAAGUUAUGAAGUCAGAAUGGGUUAACCAUAUGCCCGAUGAAGCUGAACAAGAGCUUUUCAAACUGCAACAAAAUCUUGUUCAAGGAGGUUUGGAUAAACGUUCAUGUAAUAUCGAUUUCAGUAUACUUUUAAGGAGAUUAGGCAUAGUUUUGAAACAGUUCUGCAUGCCAGUUUGACAUAUGGCAAUAAUACUCUCCACUCAAUUCUUCUGCAACUCUGCCGGAAAUAGAUUUUAACGUUAGGAUGUGGUUAUUUAUUAUCAGAGUAUACCCAUCUGCUCAGGCGACAUAAAACAACGUUAAACGACAAAUGCUAAUAACGAGCUUAUUUAAGUUCAUUUAUAAACGUCGUUCCUUAACUAGUUAACCAGUCGCCGACAUAUAGGCCGUUGGGCGACAUCAAACAAACUGAAUUUCUAAAGCGAUGCCCAGCAUGAGUAAACAGUGACUUUGUUGUUAGCCUCGGAGGUAGUAUGCGGAAUGAUUUUGUCAUGGUACAGUGGCCGACAUCUCUAAGCUACCAGAAUCACUAGGCAUUGAAAACGGACGGAUAGGACAGCAUUUUCUGGAUCAUUUGUCUCUGAGUUGAAGCCUGAUGGUUGCCUCCGGCCUGUGUGCAGGCCCAACUCGAAUUGGAGUAUGAUGGACACUGACGGCCUCCUGGAGUUCUUCACGCACGAAAGAGCUCACCGAAAUUAAGGAUCGGUUGGACAUAAACUUUGCUGUCGUUUGCGUAUGCACUGGUUGGUAAAGUUGCGCGGGUAGUAAUAACUUUUUAGUACAGUAUCUUCGACGGGUAAUGACGGCUAAUGGCUAAUCGUACAACUUCAUCAAUCAGUACAUACGCAAACGACAGCAAAUUUUAAGUCCAACCGAUCCUUAAUUUCAGUGAGCUCUUUCGUGCGUGAAGAACUCCAGGAGGCCGUCAGUGUCCAUCAUACUCCAAUUCGAGUUGGGCCUGCACACAGGCCGGAGGCAACCAUCAGGCUUCAACUCAGAGACAAAUGAUCCAGAAAAUGCUGUCCUAUCCGUCCGUUUUCAAUGCCUAGUGAUUCUGGUAGCUUAGAGAUGUCGGCCACUGUACCAUGACAAAAUCAUUCCGCAUACUACCUCCGAGGCUAACAACAAAGUCACUGUUUACUCAUGCUGGGCAUCGCUUUAGAAAUUCAGUUUGUUUGAUGUCGCCCAACGGCCUAUAUGUCGGCGACUGGUUAACUAGUUAAGGAACGACGUUUAUAAAUGAACUUAAAUAAGCUCGUUAUUGGCAUUUGUCGUUUAACUACUACCGCGGAUGCCGGUAAUAGUAGGACAAUGAAAACGAAGCCGCCGAUAAGGGCAGACUCGAUUUCCACGCAAGAAGAUUUAAGCAAUGUCACGAAAAAAUUACCUGGCGCGGAUGCCAACUCGUCUACGCCUCUUGCUAUAUGCUACGGGAUUUCUCUAUUGCUAAGAGGCCAUAUAACUAUGUCAGCAAGUCUACUGUUGCCCACUUCUUCUCGCAACCACCCCGACUGCCCUACAGAGCACGCAUUUGAAUGCGAACACAGGGGCCCCUGAGUAGGCGUGAUAAGGAAACUCCAUAACAGGAGUCUGGAGUCACAACCAGCCCUUAUGGGUUGCUCGGGACAGUCAGUCGACAGCAAAAGUGUGCGUCCAAGCGAGGAAUCCUUAAAUCGUUCUCGCCCACAUGCAGAGAAUUCACCGCAAAGACAAAAUAAGGAGGACCGGGACCGCCAACAGUGUCCGGUUAUUCAGGGCUUGUCUGAAUCGAAUGCAGUCAGACCUGAAGAUCGUAUCCCAGAGGAUUUUGCUUCUUUUCAUGGUCUACUGAAGUAAGCAUUCCAGGCAGACAUGGAAAUAAAGGUUCUGAAAGCAUUCCGGGUAGGAAAACGGAGUGAAGACAGGACAGCAGCACAACCACCUCGCCCUCUCAAAAUUAUGCUGGUGAAUAAAGAACAAAUCAAGUUGAUCCUCUCUAAAAAAACGACCGCAGAAACACACAAAAACAGGUUUUUUCAUUCGGACUACUCAUAAGCGGAACGGCUGAAACACCGGGAACUCGUAUUGGAGUUAAAAUCGAGACUGAAGGGUGGCGAACACAAUCUGGCUAUCUUCAAGGGGAAAGUAGUUUGGAAAAAUAUGGCGUCUCAGUGGAACCAGUCAGUAAUACUAAGAACGACGGCAACUACUCAGCUAAAGCAGACACCUUCGUGGAAACAGCCGCUAGGGGCGACAACACAAGUAAACCCUUAAUGUCCAGUACUCUGACUGAAGCAAUGGACAUUAAUCGAACCCAUCAAGUAACAGAAGAGCCCAGAGACAAUGGCGUCUGUGAUUACGUAGUAAUGCUCAAAAACAGUGACGAAUGCAGCCGGAAAUUCGGCUGGUGCAAAAUUGAGGCGCUUGCAUAUAAAUGCCCAAAGCCUCGUAUCGAAACUGGAUGAGCUAAAACUUUGCCUUGCCGAACUGCCUCUGGAUGUUUUAGCAUUAACCGAGACCUGGCUGUCCGGGAAUAUUAGCGAUAGUAAAAUAGCCUUGCCUGAUUACCGAAUUUAUCGGGGAGACAGGGAAUAUCGUUAGGGUGGUGGAAGGCCUGAAAGUGCCGGAAAAUACCAUCAAGUUUGUGUGCAGCAGGGAACUUACUUAGUUGACCACCAAGGCCACUGGUUCCCCUAGUAUCGAUGCACUCACUGUCUAUCAACCACCUAGGACAGCCCAAAUCACCGACACUCAACUAUUGGAGCAGUUGGAGUACAUUUGCGGUCUACAUACGAUCAUGAUCAUGGACGACUUCAAAGCAUCAGGAACAAACUGAAACACCCUCCAAGCGUCAGGUCCAAAAUCGACGUUCGAUUACCGUCUGUUGAAUAAAACAGUAAAGGCAUCCCUCACACAACAUGUAAUGUUUCCAACGAGAAAACGUAAGAGACAAAGGACAAACUGUCAGGAUCUGGUUCUUACGAAAGCACCAGACGGCAUAGACGAGAUCAUCCCCAUGCCGCCGCUUGGCCGAAGUGACCAUGUAGUGCUUAUAUGGGAUUAUUCGUUAUUCGCCAUUUCGCAUACUCCAGACCAAAAAAGAUGCAAUGUUUGGCGGGGCGACUUCAAUCAGAUGAGGGCAGACUUAUCCGGUCUCGACUGGAGCUCAUUGCUUACGCAUAAUGCCAGCGAUGACAGAGAGUUAUUCAAGAACGUCCUUUUUCAGCUCAUCAACAACCUCUGACCACUGACUAGUGUAAGACUGGACAAACGUCCUGGGUGGCUAAAUAGCAACCUUAAGAAAGAAAUCAACAGGAUGCACAAAUUGUGGAGAAAAUACUGCGUCACUAGGCAAGUUGAAUAUUUCAACACCUAAAAGACACAGAGGAACAAACUGAGAAACAUGAUGGAAAAUAUGGCGGGAAUUUGAGAAGAAGGCAAUGCAGAACCCAAAAUUACUCUACAGCUACCUUCGACGAAGUACAAGGAACAGACAUCAAAUCCCCUUAAUAAGGACUACGGAUGGCGUUGAGAUUGCUGAUAGUAGGGAUAAAACUACGUAUUUUUCACAGGUUUUCCAAUCAGUCUACACAAACGAGGCAAGGUUCCUUCCUCCCUCAACAGAAGUACUGCCGACCCCAAGCAUGAGUGAUACACUCUUCUCAGAAGGCAUUGCCCGAAAAGAAUUAAAGACAUUGAACAAAUCGAAGUCGCCGGGACCAGACGAGAUUCCACCCAAGCUUCUCAAGGAACAUUCCAGUGAACCUUCUGUGCUUUUGUCGAUGCCCUUUCAAACGUCAUUUGACACUGGAACACUUCUAUCGAUUGGAAGCUGGCGCUAUACCAAGGAUUUAUCAGGUCAUUGACGACAGAUUACAGGCCCAUAAGCUUGACAUGUAUUCUCUGCAAAGUUAUCGAGAGGAUCAUAAAGAGUGAAUUGAUGCACUUCCUGGAAGUUCACGGCCGGCUAUCGAACUGCCAACAUGGGUUCCAGAAAAGGAAAUCCUGCACGACAAACUUGCUGCAUUCUCUCCAAAGCUGAACCCGAGCUCUCAACGACAGGCACGCAGUCCACAUAGCUUUCAUUGACUUCCAGAAGGCGUUUGACAGUGCCACGUCAGAGGCUGUUACACAAACUAAAAUAAUAGGGAUCAGCGACAACUUUCUCAGAUAAAUCGAAAACUUCCUUGUGGGUCGAUACCAGGUUGUGUGCAUUGAUCAAGGAAAAUCAAAUCCUGCAGUGGUCGAGAGUGGGGUUCACCAGGCGAUCAGUACCAGGAUUCAUUUAGUUCCCGAUAUACUAGGACGAUUGCGCAAGACCUUUGGACUGUGAUGGAGCAACGUUUGCAGAUAACAUGAAGAUAUGGAGUGUAAUUCGUGGCCCAGCCGACGAACAUAGAUUGCAGAUGGACCUACAUCGGUUGAAAGAGUGGUAAGACCAUUGGCUCCUGCGUUUUGGCGAUGGUAAAUGUAGCAUAAUUAGCCUAAUCAACACAGCCAGAUCCGCCAGCACAAGGGACUACCUUCUGGACGGUGAAGCAUUACGAGACGUCAAAGUCCAAAUGACUUUGUUGUGCUGACGAUGAGUUCCCUAAACCAUCCACUCACUGUUCGAGAGUGGCAAAAAGCGCAAUGUCCGAAAUUAUGUCGUAUUUUGAAGGCAGAACUGGCGGAGGAGCACUUGUGAAAUAAUAGAAAUCCACACUAAACUCCGCAGGAAUUUCCAGUGAAUCCGAUUAAAGGGACCCUGGAAUGUGACUGCAGGCGGUGAAUCAGGCGAGAGCACGAGCAACUGGAAUCCAAAACAAUAAAGCUCGACAGAGACACACCUAUGGAAGGUGGAAAAAAAAUACUGGAAAGCGAAAAAGUGGAACCCAGGCAAUGCCAUAUAAGCAGUAGAACCCGAGAAUACAUUUUUGUCAUGUUUUUUUUUGAAGUUGCGUGCAAAAACACUUUUUGCCUAAGCGUGCACAUUUGACUGGUGUUUGUUCCGCUCAUGGUAAGGGAAACUUUGAGGCAUCUACCUGAAUCACUCCUCCCAUAUCUGAUGUAAUCAAAUGGCAAGAAAAGUCUAAACAGAUUGUUAUAGUUUUGGUGGAUGUAUCCCGAAGUACGCGUGCGAUUCCUGUUGGUUCCUACACGUGUGACUACAUUUCAGUUAAGAGGGUCUCUUAUUUUCCAUCCAGACAGUUGGCAUGAUGAUCAAAUUAAAGUGAGGUCAUUGUAUCCGGAUUCAGAGUUAUGAUCAGGAUCGAGUUGGCUGGCCAACUGACCACAUUCCAAGCCGUGCUUGUUGGCAUGUAAAAGUGUAUUGGAAUCUUGUAGUGAAAACACUAACGUCUGUAGCGCCUGAAGCGAGAGUAAGCCUUCUGCCUCUGACACCCACGCCAUGUGAUCACGGCUCCUGAACUCCAGAAAAUGAGCACAUUCGGUCCCGAGGGUGGCCAAUCACAGACGUCCACAAACUCCACUAUUAUCCAAUCAACUGGCCAGGCUGACACUGACUGGAUUUUUUGUGCGCUUAUUCACUCACGCUCACACCGUGCUAACGAGUAUACGCGCGCGCAGACCGCGCAUCAGACGUUCUGGCCAGCACCAAGUUUUUGUACAGAAUACACAUCUACUCAUGGUGCUUUUCCCAUUCUCUCCCAAGGCGGGACUUGGCUGUAAAUAUUGCAGAGCUCUCAGUUCACUCACUACUUUACACGCCGCAUGCCUAGUUCCGAAGUGAGUCGACGGAACGCAGUCUUCCCUACCUUGCUCCCCAAAGUGCUGUCGGAGUCAUGUCAAACUGGGGUUAAAUUGGGAGCAGGGACUAAUGAAAUAUGGAGACGCCGUCUAUUAUAUGCCAUAGUGGGUGUAUCUCAGUCAUCAAAAACGUCUGGUCAAGACUCCGUUAGCAGAAGGAGGGAUUUUGUGUGGAAUUAUGUGUAGCCUUCUCGGGCAGCAGUGGCCGGUGGGAAGACUGGCGCGCGUGUUUUCUGCGUUAAGUCAUGCCCACUGACGAGUCGAACCCCUCGCUGACGCUUAAUAUAGCAUCAGAAUAUCGAUGAAAUCCACGUACACCCCAAAACGAGCUGUGAGCACAUACGUUGGACUAAAAGAGGCGUCAGAUUGGUUAGCGGUACGAGUUAAUGGAUCUGCUUAGGGCCCGCGAACCAAUUAAUCUCCUCGGAAAGUUAACACGUCAGGAUGAAAGUGGAGUUCAUGUAGAUGAAAACACGCGGAGAACGCUGGCGGACUCACUGAUGUGUUGAACCCCUCGCAGUUGCGUUAGGCAGUGGCACAGGAUCGGCAAAAAGUGCAUGUCUGGGCUUUUAGCUAGUACCUAUGCUGUCAGUAUGAUAAAUAAUUACAUAAUUGUAAAUACUGCCGUACAGGGAAGGGGAUAUGGUGGCAUGUCUGGACGUAGGCCUUGCGUUGUGUCAGACAUUGCGCCUAAUUCCAUAACUAGCUAGUCAACAAGCUCGGACAUUCGAUUGAUGCGUGAGGAAGAGUGAGGUCGGCAUUGGGAGACCCAUGCCUCAUGGCAAUUCAGCGCAUUGCUCACUAUAACAAAUACGACGCGCCUGAAUCUAGCACGACGCAGUAAAAGUUAUAGCAUGGAAGACUGCCGACUGACGCGGUAACUCGUUCGUUCUCAGAGCUUGGCAUCAGGGUGCAAUGGUUUCGGGGUAGCCUCUUCAUGAAACCCCGGUUUGGUUGUGGGAAUCAAGUCGUGUGUGACUCGCGUUGGCUGGGCGUUUAGUUUUGUCAGCCAUUAUGUCCGACCUCACCUCCUGCCUUCUUGCCACUGUCUUGCUAUUGGAGCCAGGUAGAUGAGAGAACAGAGGGUGCGGUAGAUGCUGCGAAAGUCCACAUCAUUAUGAACCAAUAUAUGCGCAAUUCACAAUCCUCGCCCACUCUGCGUGAAACACGGCGGACGUCGUCGCGUUAAUGGUGGUCGAACUGUCGUAAAUAAUGCUCGAUAUAAGUGGGUUUCAUAAGGUCGACCGAGUUUAUGAGUAUGUGGGAGAAAUUUCGAAGGAAUUGUAUCUGAGGGCUGUUUCACAUUACAUGAGGUAGGGGUGGCCACGUUUGCCUGAACGCCUGCAUAUGUCUGCUAGGGGUGUAGUGGUGUCCAGUUGUGAGUCCACGUGACGGUCGCAGUAGGCCGCUCACUUGCUUGCAGGUGCAGACUACGUCAAGCGUCCAUUUACUGACCCUCAACUCUCAUAUGUGGCUCCACCAAGCCAGACUCUGCCUAGCGGCCUCACCCCGGUAACUGCCUCGACCGGUGGACUAAACCAGGCAAAGGUGUCCGUGUUUGAACUCCACACACGAUAAUCCGGCUCCGGUGCCCGGAUGGAUCACCGCAUCGGUAUCGCCGAACUGAGGCUCCGUCUGGAACACCUUAGGAGGUCACAAGGUAAGUAAGCCCCACGUAAGCGAAUAUUGCUCUGCUGCCUUUGUUUCGCUUGUUCAUGUUUGCUUGUCCUCUACCUGCUUGCUUGUGUUUGUGCUUGUUGUAAGCUAAAUGCCAUUCUGUUGAAUUUCCUCUCUGUGCCUCUGCUUCUGCUUGUUCUUGCUUGCCUGCCUUCGUCUGCCUGUUUCCGUUUGUAUUAGCUGUACGCUAAACCGUUCUUUGAAUCUGUCUACUUACCGCUUAUAUAUUUCAGCAGCCAGUCCGAUAAGAGAGGGACGGGUAAGCUCUGCAUCCUGUCUCCCUACCCUCCCCUAACCCCCUUCCUUCAACUUACGCGAUGUCGUACUCAGUCCCACGCUAACUCGGGUCACUCUCCUACUAAACAAAAGCCGUAGCCCAUAGUGGAGUUCGGCAACCGUCUGGGACAAAUAAACAGCCCUAAUUAGAGAGAGCACUGCUCGCUCCCGCGAGGUGGACGGAACUAGAAAAGGUGCCCUAAACAAAUUUUGGGAUCACGUCCUCUGCGCGCUGACCGUGGCUCGCAGGCGCAAAACUCGCAGUCGAAACACUCGAACCAGAAACAACAUUCUCUCUCUUCCCUCCCCGUCCUCCUCCUCCUCCUCCUCCUCCUCCUCCUCCACCUCCUCCCCGCCGUCCCACUCGCCUGGAAUAUUCGUUCCCACUUAGCCAACACGGGGAACAACCGACCGGAACGAAGGACGGCGCUAGUGGCUCGCGAACUGGCGCGCUACAAGGUGGAUAUCGCUGCAUUCAGUGAGAUCCGAUGUUCCGAACAAGGCCAACUGGAGGAGGUGGGUGACGGUGACACCUUCUUCUGGAGCGGUCGCCCCAAGGCAGAGCGACAGGACGCGGGCGUCGCCUUUGACAUCCGGAAUGACAUCAUGAGACGACUGUCCUGUCUGCCGCAGAGUCUUAAUGAUUGCCUGAAGAGCCUCCGCCAGCCUCUCCAGAGAGGCAAAUUCGCCACCAUCGAGUGUCUAUGCUCCCCCGAUGACCAGUCCUGA